AUAGCUCAAGAUGUGUGAGGGCUAUCAGUUCAACCUCGUCUUCGACUUCGAGUGGAUCAACGGGACUCUGGUGCCCACCGUGAGGCCCGUCCUGAAACCCUGCCCUGAGGAUCCCCGGCCCAUCAUCGCCGGGGUGUUCCUCUCUCUCAUCUUCGUCGGGGCGUUCUUGCUGAACAUGGUGGUGGUGGUGACGGUGGCGACGAGUUACACGCUUAAGAGGUUCCUCUACUGUCAUAUCCUCAUCAACCUCUGCGUUACGUGCAUGAUCGACUGCAUCUUCAACCUCACCAUCUCCAUCGGGUAUGUGACGUCGGCGCCCUGGAGGUUCGGGUACUCAAUGAGCUUCUUCAAUGGCUUCACGAUCAAUAUGCUGAACAGCGAAAUGGGGUUCGCCGUUUUGCUGUUGGCCGUCGACCGACUCGCCGCAGCCAAGAAGUAUACGCGUUACCUAAACCUGAAUGAAUGCAAAAUAGGGUUGGUGAUUGGCUUCACGUGGGUGGUUGCCUUUGCGCUGGCUUCACCCAUCGCGUGUGGCUUCAUUUUCAGCAUACCUUAUAGGAAUAGGUAUUCAUGUUCGGUCGCGGACCCAAACGACGAUUAUUACUUAAUCGUUCACUUUAUCUUGGUCGUUGUUUUCUCCACCAUAACCAUGAUCGUCCUCAUGGUGAUCAUGUCCGUGACCUUCCAUCGGGAACGCAAGAAACAGAAAAAGAUCAAAGGCAACCAGACGAUGGGCUAUUUCGACCAAAUCCUGAUGACGCCUUAUUUCAGGACCGAGUUUUAUCCCGCGGUUUUCUCCAUCUGCAUCACUGUGGCCUACUUGCUUCUGUGGCUUCCCUUCACCGUGACCACGACCAUCGGGCCCAUGAUCUCGCAGCACUGGGCGAACGAGACAACCGAAGAGUCGAACAGUGAUUCUUACAGCAUCUUUGACCCAAAGGAUCGAGACGGGAUCAAGAGACGGGCGAUGCUGGACGAGAGUCAACUGUUAUCCCUCAAUAACACCAUGAGUCCGAAUGUGACUUCUGAAAUGGCCAGCAAGAUGAACAACAUGACCAUGAACGAAAAUCUCAUUCCAGAGGUCGUCGACACACCUGUCUCCGACACGGUGUUCAUAUGGUUCCGUUAUAUCUUCGAUAUCGUAGUGCCAAUUCUAGUAUUUAUAGUCUUGAAGGAUGUGCGGGCCAAGUGCGAAAGUCUCAUAAUGUGCUGUAGGCCCAACUCCGUUGACGUGGCGUCGCCCAAGCCAAUGAGGCCUCCUUAUCUGAAGCAGAUGUCGACUCCCGGCACGGCGGAAAAGGAGUCGGGAUCCAAGCCGAAGAAGCAGAAGGGCAGCGGCAAGAACACCAUUGGCUUCAAAACGCCAAUUCUAUUCGCCACCUCCGAGGGCCUGCACAUUAGGACGGUGGAGGAGACUUACCUUGACAUGAUUGACAACAAGCCCCUCAUAGGCUUCAAUCGGCAGAACACGUCUGAACCUGUCUUUACCUACGAUCUGUGCGACGUCAUGCUCGGCUACGAGGACCUCACGGACUUCGACGGGCAGUACCACAUCGACGACAACUACGACAACUACGACAGGGACUCCAUCACGGCGGACCUGGCCCAGAGCAACCCGGUGGUGAUGGGCGCCAACAGGGCCGCCAUGGGCCAGAGGCCACAGGUCAUCAGCGAGGACGAGGACGACAUUCCCCCCGACGUGGAGAUCCGGCCGCCGACGCCGCCGAAAGUUCAGAUCGUCGGAAACGAACCGGCCGUGAACCUCGGCGACGACGUGGACUUGGACGCCAAGAGAAACAAGAAGGGCAAGAAAGUGGUGAGGUUCGCCACGAUGCUGAACGAGGAAAUCCCGCGCCUGGACAGCCCCGACAGCAGCUCCCUCCUCGACUCCUCCAGCGCCAGCGCCGGCUCCAGCGACUCGGGGAUCAUGGCCGACAACGAGCGCUCGUCCGCCACCGCUCACGACGAGGACAGGAAGCCCAGGUUCAGCGUGAACCGGAGCCGGAACGCCCAGAGGUCUCCCGCGGGUUCCGAACCGGCGAAGCCACCGAGCCAGCCUCCGAGGAGGCCUCAGCCACCCGCCAAGAAGGGCCCCUCGGCGCCCAAGAAGGUCGUCGCCUCGAAGGUGCGGAACAUCAAGAGCCGACACAUGCAGAACAUGAACGGCUCGCUCUCGUCGCUGGAGGGGCGGUCCGCGCAGGCCGGCAGGAGGUUCUCGAAGCCCGGAGCGAAGCCCGAGAGCUCAUCGUCGUCCAAGUAA